AUGGCAGAACCCGAUGUCUUCACCGCCUCAGUCUGUGGCGCUAACGAGGCUAGUGCUCGGAGUGAAUAUUCCGGCACUCCGGCGCUUGACCCUUUUGGCUCGAACCUGGUGGUGGUAGACAACACGGAGCGCAAUGACGCUGGCCAUUGCCAACCGCAUCUGGCCUUUUCUUCCCCAGCUUCAGCUCCUGCCCCUGCAGCGGUCGCUUUCCCUGCGCUAGACUUUCCUCUCUUCCCCGAAUUCAGCGAAUUCAUCUUACCCGACCGUCAGAUCAAAAGCGAGCCUGUCUCUCCGUCCGGCACCAUCAACGCGUCCAAAACCGCAUCUGCUCCCAAGACAACCUUCGUUCGUGGGCAUCGUCGUCGCUCCACCCACGUUACCCGCUGUGAUCUUGAAAAGUUCCGCAAAGAGAUCCUCGGCGUAGAGUCGCCAGGAUUUGGAUUUGACGACGAUAACAAGUUUGCAACACCUACCAACCCCGCCCUCGACCCUCACUUUGAAGCUUUGAACCGCGCUUUCGAGGCGGCAAGCAUGUCCUUGAACAACAGCGGGGGCAUGCCGGGCAGCAAUCCUGGUGCGAACAUGUAUGCCGGCUACGUGGAUAACGCCGGCGCCGGUCCGAACAUGGCCAACGUACCCCGUCAGUCGAUGUCGCCUGCGAUGCCACAUACCCCUGGUCAGGUCAAUGGCGCCGGGCUGCCUGGGAUGAACGGUGGAAUGCCCAUCAAUGCGGGUCAACAGAUGGAUCUUCAUCAUCUCUACGACAUGGUUCUCGAGUUGAGCGAGGUCUUGAAGAAUAACCGUGAAACUACGAAGAGUAUUGUUACUAGUGCGGAGGAGAUUAUGAAACGUUCUGUUGCAGAAGGAGUCAGCCCGAACAUCCAGCAAGUCAAUGGCGAACUUUCAGCUGCCCGCAUCGCGGAACUCGAACGCGCCCUCGCGAAAGAGAAACGUCUCGUCGAAAUACUCCGGAACGAACAGGUGGAGAACACAAAACUGAUCGGUGAAUACGAGGCGGCCGUGGGUGUUAUGGUGGAGCAGAUUCGCAACUACUGCCAGAACAACAACCUCCACUACCUAGCGCAGAAACGUCACUAUAACAACCUCCUCCAAGCCGAGCGUGACUCCCACCUGGAGAGCCGAUUGGAUCGGGACUACUGGCAUGCGCAGACCAUGAAAUGUGCUGAGAUGAUCCGCACCGCCUACCGCUUGCGGUGCGAGGAAGAGGAAACCCCAAUUCGCAUCGUGGCCGGUCUCCAGAAUGAAGUGCGUGCCUAUCGCAACGCACUAGGCAUGGAACCCGAGAAGCCGGAGGAGGAAUACGGCUGGGAGAUCCUGAAAGACGUCCCUGGCGGUUCCGAGUAACAUGGCAGCCUCCGUACCCUGGCGGUAUGCUUGAGCUAUGACGAUGACGACUUGGUUAUCGGUUUUAAAAAACACACCACAUUGCAUAAGGCGUUUUGGAGCAGCACAUGUUACUUAGGGAUUGUUUACGGGGAAAGAUACCCAUCUUCGCAUAGUUUGUAUCGUUGUCUUUCUGCUGGUUGUGGUACGAGGCAGUUACCUCGGACAUUCGCACCGGAUCUAUCACCCAGCCUCAGGAUCUGAAAGUUGUUCUUGAGCAGUUUGCAUGCAUUUUACGCAGCGAAAUACUAAUUAUG